AUGCUCUUCGGAGCCCCUAUAGAGGACCUUUUCGAAAUCCCUACUCCAGAUCCCUCCUCUUACGACGUACCCUUCUCAACCUUCUACGAACUCCAAAUGGUUAGCUUCCAGCUCCGCAACGCUUCAGCCCUCUUCGCACGCACAAUGGCCACCAAAAUCUUCGUAAAAGCGCCGCUCACACCGGACGAUUUUGCGAGGCAAUCACAGCUCCUCGAGGCCCAUCGCUCGUGGCACAGAGCACUGCAGAAGCUGGAAUUGGCGGCUUUCUUGACGCACGAAGAAGAGAUUAUGGCGGCGUCGCUGAAGCUAGGGUAUUACUCAACGUACAUCCUCAUUGACUGUGCCAUGAGUUUGAGGCAAAGUAAUCUCGAUGCUCAUCUGGAGUACUUCAAAGCUAUAAAUCACAAUGCGAAAAUUGUUAUCGACUCUAUGGGUAUUGCUACUCCACCUCUCCCCGUAUCAUCAGGUACGCGAAAGGGCCUUUCGAGAAAGAACGCGGUCGCGUUGAAAGGCGCCGGCUCAAAGAAUACUGUCAGACCAGGCGCCCACUUUACCUUCGAAAUCUCGGUCAUCCCUCCCCUCCACUACGUCGCAACCCGCUGCCGCCACCCGCUCGUCCGCCGCGAAGCCGUCGCCCUCCUAAAGACGAACCCCCCGCGCGAAGGCCUCUGGGAUGUAGACACUCACAUCGCCGUCGCCAACCGCGUCAUUGAGAUCGAAGAGAGCAUCUUGGAUCCCACGACGGGCUGGCCGGCCGAGGCUUCACGGCUGUGGUGCUCAGUCCAUGAUGGAAAAGGGUACUCUGAUGGCAAGAUACUGGUGACUUUUGCGUUCGCAGAGUGGGCAGAGCAUAGGGCGCCGCAGGCAGAUGAUUUGAGGCCUGUUAAUGGGGCGGAUAGGUCGGAUGCGCAGUGGGCGGAGAAGAUCGGGUGA